AGAGAGGAGAGAGAGAGAUCAAACAUUACAGAAUCAAAGCAGAGCGUUCAGAGAGAGCGGCUUUGAUUGUUUUAGGUGGAGGGAUGUCGUCAAAACUUGAAUCUAGGAAGAAAAUUGGUCAAAAUCCAGGAACUGGGAAGUUAUUAAAUGAUAUUGAAUCUAUCAGUAAGGCUUUAUCUCUUGAUAAAGCCCAGCCGAGAAGAUUAAUGUCUACAGUGAGCAGUCGGUCCAAGUCUGUUGGGAAAACUCAUUUACCAGAGUCAAAAUCGAAAGCUAAGGGUGCUAACAAGGAUUUGUUGGAUGACAGUAAGAAGUCAAUUUGGAGUUGGAAGGGUUUUAAGGCAUUGACUCAUGUUAAAAGUCGAACUUUCAAUUGUUGUUUCUCGCUCCACGUCCACUGUGUUGAAGAGUUGCCAGUGUCGUUUGAUGACCUUAGCCUUGUUGUGCAUUGGAAGAGGCGGGAUGGGGAGUUGACGACUCGGGCAGUUAGGGUUGUUCAAGGGGUAGCGGAGUUUGAAGAGCAGUUGACUUAUUCGUGUUCUGUUCAUGGUAGUGGAAAUGGUCCGCACCAUUCUGCUAAAUAUGAGGCGAAGCAUUUCUUGUUGUAUGUUUCAAUUUGUGGUACUCCUGAAAUAGACUUGGGCAAGCACCGGGUGGAUCUCACCAGGUUGCUUCCGCUUACAUUGGAGGAAUUGGAAGACGAGAAGAGCACUGGCAGGUGGACUACUAGUUACAGGUUAUCAGGGAAGGCGAAGGGUGCGACUAUAAAUGUCAGUUUUGGGUAUUAUGUAAUUGGGAACAAUUCCACAGUGCUCCCUACCAGCAAGGAUGUUCAUGCACUACAGAACAUGAGGAAGAGUGGUCCGGGUGGAAGUGUGGCUUUGUUCACCGAGUCUGAGCAAACCACAGCAAGGCGUGCUGGAAGCCUUCCUGCAAGUUCUUCUGCUUCAAGCUGGUCUGUAGAAGACAUAAAGGAACUUCAUGAGGUUUUGCCAGUGCCAAUGUCAGAACUUUCUGAGUCAGUGAAUGUGCUCUAUCGGAAACUUGAGGAAGAGAAGUUAGAUGCUUCAGUUAAUGAGAAACUGGAGAUUGAAGUUAUCUCUAAUGCUCCAGAGAGUUUAAAAUCAGAUUCAAAGCUGUUGCCUGUGACUGCGAAUGGAAAUGCUGAAAAUGAAUGUGAAAUUAGCGAGUUAUCUGCCAUGGACCAAGGUUUAGAAUUGUCCUCAAAGGAACUAGAGAAACCAGGAAUCCAAACCACGGAUGUUGCGCAUCAUUCUGUAGAGGGCUGUUUUGUAUCGGACAAUGUUGAGGUUUCCACUGAAGUGGAGGCCCAACUCCAAACCUUGCCCAAGGAAAUUGGUUGCAACAAAGAUGAACUUCCGGUAUGUGAUUUAGAAUUUGAAGAGAAGGAAAAAUGUACCAAUGAAUUAAUUAUGGAAGAAUUGGACUCUGCAUUGGACACUGUCUCAGACUUGGUAAAUGAAGAAUCAGAUUCUCGAGAUGACAAUGAAAUUAUAAAUCAAGAUAAUUACUUGGGUGUUCAAGCAGAUUAUACACCGGUUAAGAAAGGGAAAUCCCUCAGCAUGGAUGAUGUAACUCAAUCUGUGGCUAUUGACUUUUUUAAUAUGCUUGGAAUAGAGCAUAGUCCUUUUGGCUUUAGUUCUGAAAGUGAGCCAGACUCCCCUAGAGAGCGUCUAUUGAGGCAAUUUGAGAAGGAUGCUCUUGCCACUGGUUGUUCCUUAUUUAACUGUGAGAUAGAUAUAGAUGAUGCAGAAUUUGUUGGUGAUGCUCCAAGUGGACCUGAUUGUGGGAACAUUUCUGAGGAUUUUGGUUUCUUCUCAGCCACUCAGUCUUCUGAGGUGCUGCCUAAGAUAGAAAUAGAGGAAACAAGAAAUAAAACAAGGGCCGCUGUGAUGGAGGACUUGGAGACAGAAGCUUUGAUGCGGGAAUGGGGUCUCAAUGAAAGGGCAUUUCAAUAUUCUCCUCCUAAAAGCUCAGGUGGGUUUGGCAGUCCAAUUAAUGUGCCUCCUGAGGAUCUUGAUAUAUUGCCUCCUCUUGGAGAAGGCUUAGGUCCCUUUGUUCAGACCAAAGAUGGAGGCCUCUUGCGCUCAAUGAGUCCUGCACUUUUUAAGCAUGCAAAAGGUGGUGGGAAAUUGAGUAUGCAGGUCUCUAAGCCAGUGGUGGUGCCAGCAGAGAUGGGAUCUGGUGUCAUGGACAUACUACAGCAUUUGACCUCCAUCGGUAUUGAAAAGCUCUCAAUGCAGGCAAAUAAGUUAAUGCCAUUGGAGGAUAUAACAGGAAAGACGGUGCAACAAAUUGCUUGGGAAGCAGCCUCCAGCUUGGAGGGAUCUGAGAGGAAUGGUAAAUCGCACGAGGAAUUCACAGUUGGACAAAAUAUGUCAGGCUUUCCUGAGGCAGUUAGAGGGAUUAUGCCUGGAUCAAGGUCUUCUGAGUUUGAGCCAAGCUCUAUUGGCAAUGAACAGGAUGCAGAAUAUCUUUCAUUGGGUGAUGUUGCUCCUUUGGCAAUGGAUAAAAUUGAAGGCCUUUUAAUUGAGGGCUUAAGAAUACAGUCCGGCAUGUCAAGUGAGGAUGCACCUUCAAACGUAAGCCCAGAUUCCGGUGGUGAAUUGUCAACCUUUGAGGGUAUGGUCAGUUUUGGUGGAUCCAUGGGUCUAGAAGGAGCUGGUGGGUUGCACCUGCUGGAUAUUAAAGACAAUGGUGACGAUGUAGAUGGGUUAAUGGGCUUGUCCCUAUCACUUGAUGAAUGGAUGAAGUUAGACUCUGGCGACAUCUAUGACGAUGAUGAGAUUAGUGAACGUACCUCAAAACUACUUGCUGCCCACCAUGCUACUUCCAUGGAGGUGGUACGAGGAAGAUCAAGAGAUAAGAGACGUGGCAAGGGGAGGAAGUGUGGUUUGUUGGGCAACAACUUUACGGUUGCAUUGAUGGUGCAGCUUCGUGAUCCUUUAAGAGACUAUGAGCCAGUUGGUAGACCUAUGCUUGCCUUGGUUCAGGUGGAGAGAGAAUUUGUGCCACCUAAACCUAUGAUGUACAGCUCGGUUUCUGAAAUUAGAAGAAGCAACAACGAUGAAGAAGACAAUGACUCUCAGCCCGUGAAAAAGGAGGAAAUAAUUGAGGAGCUGAAAGUAGAGAAGAUACCUGAAGAGGAAAAAAUCCCUCGCUACAAAAUAACUGAAGUGCACGUUGCAGGCCUGAACACCGACCAAGGUAAGAAGAAACUAUGGGGCUCCACAACUCAGCAACAGUCCGGGUCGCGUUGGUUGCUUGCCAAUGGAAUGGGGAAGAAGAAUAAGCACCCACUUAUGAAGUCAAAACCCGGUAAUAAACCAACAUUGCCACCUUCAAAUCCCGCUUCAACCACAGUGCAGCCUGGCGAAACUCUCUGGAGUAUCUCCUCUCGGGUUCAUGGAACAGGGGCUAAAUGGAAGGAGCUGGCGGCUUUGAACCCUCAUAUUCGGAAUCCAAACGUCAUUUUCCCAAAUGAAACCAUCAGAUUGAGGUAGCAUUUUCAGGUUGAAUAAUUUAUGGGAAAGCUAGGUCCAGUGUGCCAGCUUCAAAGGUAUAAUAAAUUUGCAAGAAUGAAGGCUGCUCAGGAUUAGGCCUUUUUAGUUGGAAAGCAAGAAGGAUAAGGUGUUUGUUCUUUCUAUCAUAGAACAGUUUUUGGUCAUUAUUUUGUUGGCCCUUCACAUGCAUUUUGUGUGCUUUUUAUAUAUAUAUUUUUUUCAUGGCAAGAAGAAAUGUAUUUCUGCUGUUUAUUAUUAUGUAACUUUAAUGUCAAUACUUGUUAU